UUUGAAUUUUACCGAUAUUAGCCCAAUUAACUAAAACUCAUCAAAGGAGUAAGGAAGACACUGCGCGAAAAUACUCUCUUUUCAAUCCCCAGUGUCCACUGUUUUCAUCGAUUCAGUAUAAAAUUUCCCAAAAGAUUUCGAUUCAUAACAGGAAAACCCAAAAAACCAGAAAUAUCAACAACAAAGCAAAACGAUGAAGAUCAUCCCUUUAAUUUUGAUGGGUUGUGGAGGUGUUGGACGCCAACUCCUCCAACACAUUGUUUCCUGCAGAUCACUUCACGCCAAGCAGGGAGUUCAUUUACGAGUUGUGGGAGUAUCUGAUAGUAAAUCACUAAUCAUUGCAUCAGAUGUUAAACAAAAAGAGUUGGAUGAUAACAUUUUAGCUGAAGUUUGUAGGGUAAAAUCAGAUGGUUCUUCAUUGUCCAAAAUUACUAGCUUAGGUGAGUCUCAAGUGUUCUCCAAUUCAGAAUCAAGGACAAAAGUGCUAGACAUUGCAUCAAUUCUUGGAAAAUCAACAGGUUUAGCCCUUGUAGAUUGCUCAGCUAGUUCUGAGACGAUUGGAGUGCUAAAGGAAGGGGUCAACUUGGGUUGCUGUGUUGUUCUAGCAAAUAAAAAACCUCUUACAUCAACACUGGAGGAUUAUGACAAAUUGGUUUCACAUCCUCGCCGCAUACGGCACGAGUCAACUGUUGGUGCUGGUCUUCCAGUCAUAUCAUCAAUAAAUCGCAUAAUUUCAUCUGGGGACCCCAUCCACCGUAUUGUUGGAAGUUUAAGCGGUACAUUGGGUUAUGUAAUGAGUGAGGUUGAAGAUGGCAAACCAUUGAGCCAAGUCGUUAAGUCUGCUAAAAGCUUAGGAUACACUGAACCAGAUCCGCGAGAUGACCUCAGUGGAAUGGAUGUUGCCAGGAAGGCUUUGAUCCUUGCCCGACUUCUUGGGAAGCGCAUUGACUUAGGUAGCAUAAAGAUUGAGAGCUUGUAUCCUGAAGAAAUGGGACCUAAUAAGAUGUCUGUUGAAGACUUUUUGAAUGGUGGUGUUGUAAAGCUUGAUAAUAAUAUUGAAGAGAGAGUUAAAAAAGCUUCACUCAAUGGGAACGUCCUCCGUUAUGUCUGCGUGAUAGAAGGCGCAAGGUGCGACGUUGGGAUUCAAGAACUUCCAAAGAAUUUGGCUUUGGGAAGAUUGAGGGGAAGUGACAAUGUGCUAGAAAUCUAUAGUCGAUGCUAUAGUGAACAACCCUUAGUUAUUCAAGGCGCAGGAGCCGGGAAUGAUACGACUGCAGCCGGCGUGCUUGCUGAUAUCCUUGACAUUCAGGAUCUGUUUCCCUGAAAGAAAUUCGAGGGAGUCUCACAACUCGAGUUUGCCAUGUAUUCCACCUACAAAAAUGAAGCUAAGAGACUCAAAGUUUUCGAAUGUCAGAAUAAUUUUUGGUCCGGAGCAAGCUUACUGAAUGUUGUUAGGGGAUGUUCCAUGGUAAACAAUGUGCAAAGCCUCCAUGGCUCCGACUAAGCGUUCCCUUCAGUUUUUGAAGAACCUGCAGCUUAGUUUCUUGAAAACCUAAGGCAUAAAAAAAGAAAAGAAAAAGGAGCAACUACAAAAUUGUACCCCAAGCCAUUUGGUAUUUUAAAGCCUCUUAAUUAUCAAAUAUGUCAUUUUACCCCUAAAAAAAGGUGCACCUUUCAAUAAAAACAUGACACGUAUUACUUUU